CUCAAGGCUCAAGGCUCAAGGCUCUGAGCUCCCCGAUCACUCUUGGCCCCUGAUUAUUAUUCUCGUGCUGCUGUGCGUCGCAAUAAUUCCUCCAGUCUCCUAGUCUUUUCGUGCAACUGCGUGCAUUAUUUCCCCUCCAUGCAGACUAGUGUCCCGUCGAGUUCUGUGCCGUUGGCGUAGACCAUGGCUGGUGCCGGUCUAGGGCGGUCUAUCGAAAAGCAAUAUCUCGCGGUUGGGUAUUGCAAAAAUCCCAUGGUAGGGGUCUCAUGCAUGGGCGGCACUAGAUAUACGAUAUGAGUGGCCUGAAUCCCCAUCACGUUGCUUCUACUAUCUAAUCUUUUGUCUCGCCGAGCUUUGGUUUGAAACCCUUGUUGCAGGCAGCUCUUUUCGCCUUGGACAGGGCGAUAUGAAGUGUUGAUGUCCCCAAGUAGCAGCUCCUCUCUGCUCUCCCAGUCGCAGCUGCCACAUUGUUUCGACCAUCCCCUACGGCUCUCUCCUCCACAACAAAAUGACUUCAAGUCAUGACAGAGUUGAGCAUGUCGUCAAUUCAGAAGUUCCUUCGGACGCUGUGAAGGAGGACCCUAAAGCCAUGUGUGACGAGAAGACGGGAUUCCCCAGUGUUGCUGUUGAGCUUCAAGAGACGAGCCGGCAACGUCCUCACGCCGGAGACUACCUGCACGCAUUCCGGGAUGCCUUUUCCAAGCAGAGCGUCCGCAAGUAUGCUGCUGUUCUUGUGAAAUUUGGCAAGUUUGUUGGUCCUGCGGGAAUCAUCAGUGUCGCAUACAUUGAUCCCGACAAUUUCCAGACAUCCAUCUCUUCCGGUGUUCAAUUCAAAUUCAAGCUUCUGUUCAUGGUGUUGAUUUCGAACUUGAUCGCAAUUUUCCUCCAGUCUCUGUCAGUCAAGCUUGGCUCAGUCACAGGAAUGGAUCUGGCGCAGAUGAACAAGGCUCACCUCCCAAAAUGGCUCAAUAUUGGGCUAUGGUUUAUUGCGGAAGCAUCAAUCAUCGCCACUGAUAUUGGACAAGUCAUUGGAACUGCCAUUGCCAUCAACAUUCUCGUCCCGAAAAUCCCAUUGACGGCUGGUUGUGCUCUAUCGAUUGUGGACACCCUUUUCAUCCUCUACUUUUACCGACCUGACGGAUCAAUGAGAGGCCUCCGACUCUUUGAACUCUUCGUUGGGACUUUUGUGAUUGCAAUCUUCAUCUGUUUCUGUAUCGAACUCUCGUACAUCACAGAUACCCCGGUUGGACAUGUUUUCAAGGGAUUCUUGCCGUCCAAGGCAGUUUUCCAAGGAGAAGGACUUUACCAAUCGUGUGCCAUUCUUGGAGGUACUCUCAUGCCUCACACAAUUUACUUGGGAACUGGGCUCGCUCAACCCCGCCUUCGCCAGUUUGACGUCAGAAACGACACAUACAAAGAAGCUUUCAACAGCUCCAGACCUACGGCUCUCAAGCUCUAUAAACCAUCUCUUUCAGCCAUCAAAGCCUGUAUGAACUACUCCAUUGCCGAACUCAUUAUUACCCUCUUCAUAAUCUCGGUCUUUGUCAACUCGUCGAUACUCAUCAUCGCCGCUGCAUCUUUAACCGAGGAAGCAGGGGAAGCAGAUCUAUGGGGUAUGUAUGAUCUGUUCCAAGAGACCAUUUCUAAAGCUGCCGGUACUAUCUUCGCAUUGUCCUUGUUGUUCUCUGGUAUCAGCGCAGGAAUUGUAGCUACAAUGGCGGGUCAGAUGGUCUUCGAGGGAGCUUUCAACUGGACUAUCCGACCCUUUUACCGACGUCUCAUAACUCGAGUUGUCGCUCUCAUACCUGGUAUCAUCAUCGCAGCUGUACUUGGGCGAGAUGGUGUAGCAGCCGCUUUGAAUGGGGCAAAUGUUGUGCUGUCAGUCGCACUGAUCUUCCUGACAUUCCCACUCAUCUGGUACACCAAUUUCAAUAAGUAUAUGAUGGUUGAGACGGAGAGUGGAGCUAGUGCAGAGACCUUUGAGACGAUAGGCGAAGGCGAUGUUGAGAGAGUUAGGCCUGAGACGCCGAAGGUCAGCAUGGCUAACAACUGGCCUACUGCUAUUGCUGGAGGGAUCAUCUGGGUCAUUAUUGCAUUCAUGAACAUUGCUACAUUGACUCUCCUUGGACUGGGCAUUGUCCAGCCUGAUUAAGGCACAUUGAAAGGCGUUCAAAAUAUGGAAUUUUACGAAUGAUGAAGCGAGCUUGGAGAUGAUAUGGCAUUCUGGGCCGAACUUUGACAUGUCAGCAUAUGAAAUAUCAUACAUGUUGGAACAAAAUGUGUAUGUUCCUGGUCUAGCUGUGAUCUAUCUUUUCAUCAAAGAACUUGACAAAUUAAAGUCUUUCCAGCGCUUUGGUAUCCACGCUUAUGGUUCGGCCCCUGCCACGCAUCGACUCCUACGUCCAGAAAACCUUUGCUGCAGCUUGGCCCUCUAAGCUCAGCUCGCAAACUCCACAAGACUGACCACCUAAUGCAGCCAAUAUACCCAGGCAGCGUUGCAACCUCCAAAUAUAAUAUGUACACUCUCCAGAUGGCCCUCUCACAUAUCUAUCUCUCGUCCCUGACCAUGACCUCAAAUUGACCAUCAUCCUCAAUGCCAUAUUUCUAUGUCUCAACAUAGCAAUGGCACAACCUCUCAGUACAAUGAUAAAUAGCACUGCGACUGAACACUCCUAGCGAGCAUAUCUGCUGGAAAUCGUCGCCCGAUGGAUGAAGUACCAUGGAUAUUGUCUGGAGCUGUGCGUCCGUCUUGCUCGUCUGUACAUACAAAUGCUUGCAUUUGAAUAUCUCGAGCUUUGAGGAGAAUAGGGCAGGCUGGAAGAUGCCCAAGAGAUGAGGCAUUUUGUAUCGGCUUGAAUGGUUGAUUGUCAAGGAGUAGUUGAAGAAAAAUAAAUGGAUGAGGCUUAUGCUUCUCGCGCCAGAGAUUGGGGCUCUUUUUGCUUAUAGCUAAUACAUGGAGGCUCGAGCGGAGGUUCACAGGCUUUGGCAGAGCUUCCCGAUGAGAGACUCACAUUGACUCAUGCCUUUUAUGCGCUUGUCGGUGGGUUUGCGGCUGGUAUUGGGAAACUUCGUGAGACUUCGCCCAAGAGUAGGUCACACCAAGCAGCUUAUGUUGUAUGCAUACUUGCGAAACUAUCUCCGCUCCGAUGUUUAAUUCUAGGCAUCCGGACAAGUGAUAUAUCUCACAACAUCCAGCGCAACGAUUACAAGACUUUGAAG